AUUGUUAUUAUUAUUAUUAGCAGAACUCAAUGGGUGUUUGUUGGUUUCAUUGGUGGGAGUGGAAGCUCCAAUCCAAUGGCAAUUUUUGUCUGUGACUGUGAUGCACAGUGAAAUAAUCAACCCUAUUCAUCAAUCUCCAGUGUUGCACUGCCAUCAAUGUCCACCACCAUUUCUUCCCUUCCCUUCUCUCUCCCCCUUCGCCAAAACUCUAGGGUUACCCUUUUCAAUCCACCCUCUUCUCCUAAUCCAUCCCAAUCAUCAGUCACCUUUCCUAAAAAAAAAUGGAGACUUUUGUGGUUUAGGCAUGGAAACACUUCAUCAAAAACUGAUGGUUCUGAGCUCAAUGAAGAUAAAUUGUCAGAAGAUUUGGUGAAGCUCGAAGGUGUCCAGUCCAAAGACCUGAAGAAAGACUGGCUUGCAACCAUCCUUACGCACUCCCUAAACUACUGGCUUCGAGGCACCAGCAACCUCCUAAGGAGAAGAAGAAGACACAGGGAAGAAGAGAAUUUGUCUCAUAGUGCCUGGUGCCUUCCUUUGCUGAACGAUCUCACCAUUCUUCCUUUCUUUUGGACUUUGCUUCCUCCUGUACCCCUGGUCAUAACUGUCAUUCGUGGUGUGGAACCCUGGACAGUUCCUUGGACAGCAAAGACCAUUGUUCAGGUAAUGCUCCUCUGGAUUGCCUCAUUUUGGUUUGUAGGAUCUUGGAUAGUUCCAUUUUUAGCAUACACAGCAGGGUUUAGAAAGGAAUCUCUUACAUACAGAGGGCAAGCAUUGUGCAGCCUCUUGACUGAUGUUGCUGAAGGCGUGGUUGGAAUAGCAAUUCUUCGCCAUUGUCUUGCAAAGUUUCAACCUCUUUCAUCUGAUUGGUUCAAAUUUGAAGUCAAGGGGAAGUGGCAGUUUGAUGUUGGUUUAGGCUGCCUCAUGUUCCCCCUUAUCAAUCAGCUAUCACAAAUGAACCUAAAUUUGCUGCCUGUUCUUCAAUAUACUCCAGUUACCAUCUCAAGUGUAGAGCAAUCCAUUGUUGCGCGAGACCCUGUGGCAAUGGCCCUCUAUGCAGUGGUAGUCUCGGUUUGUGCCCCAAUAUGGGAGGAGAUUGUUUUCCGUGGUUUCCUUCUUCCAUCUUUAACCAAGUACAUGCCUGUAUGGAGUGCAAUAUUAGUUAGCUCAAUAGCUUUUGCCUUGGCACAUUUUAACAUUCAGAGAAUGCUACCACUUGUAUUUCUUGGCAUGGUGAUGGGUACUGUCUUUGUACGGUCUAGGAACCUCUUUCCAUCAAUGUUGUUGCAUAGUUUGUGGAAUGCUUUUGUAUUUCUGGAUCUCAUGAAAUAAAUUAAAAGUUUUUGAUGAUUUUUUUCUUA